AUGUCAAGAAAAUCCAAACCUUCGGAAUACGAUGACCCACCCGACUACGAUCCAAGCGAGCUCAUGUCAGACUUACUUCCCAAUGCAUCCUUUACAACAGUGAAGGAUGACAGUGCAUAUAAAUCAUGGAUCUGUCUAUAUCCCGUAUACUUUGAUUCUACGAAAUCCGUUAAACAGGGUCGAAAAAUCGUUAAAGAUUUAUCCGUACCCCAUCCUUUAGCAAAAGACCUGGCUGAAUCUAUCAAAGCAUUACAAUUGUCGUUGUUUUUUGAGCCACACAAGAGACAUCCCCGUGAUUGGGAGAAUCCGGGUAGACUACGCGUACAAUUGAAAAUGGAGGACAACACCCUAGUAGACCCCACGAUUAAAACAAGGAAGGAAUUGAUGAAGCGUGUAGCCAAAUUAUUGCGAACCAUCCAGCAAAAUCCUCAGGAAUAUCCUCCGAAGCAUUCUCCUGCUGCACCAUCAGGAUUGUUGCGGGAGAGUGGAGGGAGUAGUUCAGUGGCAUCAUCUUCUAGCUCUGCAGCCAGCGGAUCUGCGGCAUCUGCUUCUGCGAGCACACCAGUUAUUCGAUCAGGAUCAUCGAAAAAGAAAGGCAGGAAAGGCAGACGAUGA